CUGACUGUGAGGGUGUAGCAAGAUGGCGCCGCUGUCCCUGAGAGACUGCAAGGCUUGGCAAGACGCAGGCUUAACCCUUUCCACCACCAGCAACGAGGUUUGCAAACUUUUCGACGCCACCUUGAUUCAGUAUGCUACAUGGAAAAACGACAGUACCCUGGGGGGAAUCGAAGGUUGCCUGUCUCGCAUUAACAAUACCGAUCCAAAUUUCGUAAUGGGCCACGUGGCUGCCAAUGGUUUGGAACUGAUCGGAACCGGGCGCUCUCCGCUGGUGGACAAGGAGCUGGACGAUGCACUGAAGACAAUGUCGGACCUUUCCAAGUCCCAGGCGCUGACUGAGAGAGAGAAGCUUCAUGUAGCUGCCGUGGAAACGUUUGCCGAUGGAAAUCUCCCCAAAGCGGCUGAUUUGUGGGAACGGAUCUUGCAGAGCCACCCGACGGACCUUCUCGCUCUGAAAUUCGCCCACGACUGUUAUUUCUACCUUGGAGAGCAAAGGCAGAUGAGAGAUUCUGUGGCCAGAGUGCUGCCAUACUGGAAACCCGAGACUCCACUGAGCAGUUAUGUCAAGGGCAUGUACUCCUUUGGGCUGCUUGAAACUAACUUUUAUGACCAGGCUCUGAAGGUGGCCAAAGAGGCUCUGGCCGUAGAGAGGACGGACUCUUGGUCUGUACAUACCAUUGCCCACGUGCACGAGAUGAAAGCCGAUUUGGACUCUGGGUUGUCUUUUAUGCAGGAAACCGAAAAUAACUGGAAGGGGAGCGACAUGCUUGCUUGCCACGUCUACUGGCACUGGGCCCUGUACCUUAUUGAAAAGGGUGACUAUGAAGCUGCCCUGACAUUGUACGAUAAUCACAUUGCUCCUCAGUGCUUUGCAAGUGGCAGCAUGCUGGAUGUUGUAGACAAUUCAUCUAUGUUGUACCGACUGCAGAUGGAAGGUGUGAAUGUGGGAGAUCGGUGGAAGAAUCUGGUGCAGAUCACAAAGAAACACACUAAAGAUCACAUGCUAAUUUUCAACGACCUCCAUUUCCUAAUGUCGUCAUUGGGAUCAAAGGACGAGGAUACGACCCGUCAGCUUGUGGAAUCAAUGCAGGAGCUGUCCAAAUCUCCCGGUGAGAAGCAGCAACACAGUUUGAUUAAGCACCUUGGUGCCCCGCUGUGCCAGGCUCUCAUAGAGUAUAACGGGGGAAACUAUGACAAAGCUGUGGACUUGAUCUAUCCAAUCCGGUAUCAGAUAUUGAAAAUAGGAGGAAGUGACGCUCAGAGAGAUCUGUUUAACCAGGUUCUGAUCCAGGCAGCCAUAAACAGCGAUUCCACACACCAUCAAAAUCUAGCCAGGGUCCUGCUAAUGGAGAGAGACAUCGGAAGGCCCAACUCUCCUCUGACUCAGAGACUCAUAAAGAAGUGGGAGGCACUUCACGGCCUCCUUGGAUAGCGUUUCAGAUUCAUUAUUAUGUUUGUGCCAAACACUCGUGGAACAUUCAUGAGACAGAGUUUGGUUUCACAUUCCACCAAUCAAGUGCCUUAACCCACGCCAGCUCUAGAUUUGCUUUGCCUUUAAUCGGACCAGAUACAACGCUCAAUAAAUCAUUUUACGUCGGGG